AUGCCUUCGGACGAUGAUGAACGCCCUCCUAAAGAGCUGCUUCAGCCACUCACUCAGUUUCAAGCUCCACAAUCGAAUCUCGCCUCUUCACCUAUGAUAACUCAAACAGCUUCCGCAGUUAAAAAACCAUAUCAAAUUACUUUUUCUUCACGUGAUGAAGAAAUAAAAUAUACACAAAAGCUCUUAGACAAUUGUACACUUUAUAAUGGUCAUCUGGAUAAUUUAAUGCCUUGGCUAAGAGGCACAGGUGCAUUUAUUGUUAAAGAACGUUAUCCAGAAACUGAUCAUCCAUUUAUUAUUCGUUAUUUACUAACCAAUGAUGCACUUGAUUAUUAUCUAGCUCAUGAAGACACGAUCUUCAAUUUUUAUGAUCUUCGAGCACUUGAUUGGUUUCAAGAUAGUAAAACGAACUUUAAAAAUUCUUGGAGCGUCUUCGUUGAUCAUUUCAAAAAAACAUUUGAUUCGCCAACUCGUGCUAGAAUUGCAAUGAAAAAGCUUAAUUCUUAUGCUCAAUCACCAAACCAAGACGUUCGACGUUUCUGCAGUGAAAUACGCAAACUAUUUUCGGAAGCUGACUCCCAUAUGAGUUCCUCAAUGAAAUUAGAAUUUUUAUUAGCGAAAGUGAAUCCUACUUAUCGCCUUGAUUUACUGAAACAGAAACCAAAAGAUACGACCGAAUUUGAAUCAAUGGCACGUGAUAUUGAAAAUAUCUAUCUGGUACAUGAAGUCAUUGAACAAAAUACACAGUUCAAUACACCAUGUUCUGCUUCAAUGUCCACUCUCCUGCCUGAUUCAUCUCAUCAACCCUUGUCAAAUUAUCAACAAUCGCCUCGCACUACGAAUUACAAUAGUAAUAACCGAUACACCUCAUCGUUACACAACAAAACUAAUUACUCGCCACAAUUUUCUUUCAGACCUUCUUCUAGACAACAUCAUACACCUUCGUUCCAAUCUUCUACUAAUCGUCAGUUCGGUAGUGCUGCCAAUCCUCGCAACAUCACUCGUCAAAAUCUUUUCAACUUCCAGAUUCCUUCUUCAACACAACAGUUACAACCACCGUUAUCAACCCUUAACAUUCCUCCACUUAUGCCACCGUCGUCUUCCGUUCCUUCAACACAAUUGUCGCAACCGACUUCAACAGUAGCUGCCAUUACUUGUCAAUGGUGUUCUCAAUCCGGUCAUUCAGCUCGGGAUUGUCCUUUUUAA